AUGUCUGAAAGAUCCACCCCAUUUCAUCAAAUUCGUGAUGUCAUGUUUGAAAUCUUCUCAUUCUCUCUUGCACCCUCUGUAUUUUUCAAAUAUUCGCUUGUUUGCAAGUGUUGGAAUGAUCUCAUCAGUUCCGAUAAUUAUUUCAAGCAACAUCGAACACUAACAGCUCCGAAGAAAUCCUCGAAUCAAGAAAAUCAAUCUUCACCACCUUCCUCUACAUUUCUCAACGACACCUUUACAUGCUGGAUUGAAUACAUGUCUUAUCUCAACUCUGAACUCUAUGAAAGUUUACUAUCAUUUCGAAAACAUAUAAAAUCAGUUAAAAAGGGUUCUGAAUAUUUUAGCAGAACUGAAAUUACUUUCGAAUUUUACGAAAAUGAUGAACAGAGAGAAUACACCUUCACCUGUGAAAAGUCAAAUCGAAGAAAUCAGGUUUCCAUUUUGGCUCAAGUUUUCAAAAGUGAAGACGAAUUAAAAAGACGCACAGUUACCUCGAUUGAUGAAUGUGAACUAGUUCCAAAUAAUUAUGUAUCGAGUAAUGAAAGCUUGGAAACUCCUGUAAACAAGAUUGAAGUGAUUGGUUAUUUUGUGCAAAUGCAGAAUGGAAAAUCUAUUGAGAGACGAUCUUAUUUUUCUUUUAUGAAAUGGUUUCUAUCCUUUCGAGAGCGAUAUUUUCCUUGCUUGUCAAAUGUAAUGUUUUUAAUGGCGUUAGAAUUUAUUAUUGAUUGUGAUUUACCUCACUAUUCUCAUCUCAAUCCAAGAGAUACUGUCCUUUUACACGCCUAUUUUGAAAAUUUUAAAUAUCAAGCAAACAAUGAUGAGUGCAAUUUAGUGUUAAAAAGUAUACACCUUUACCAAAAAGAUGUUAAAGGAUACGAAUCUUUAUGGGCUCCACUGCUUAAGAAUCUUAACUCUAGUUCAUGGACGCGUUUGGAAAAAUUAAUUCGAAACGGUUAUUCUUAUCCCUUGAAAGGAUUGCGUGACAUUUGUCUGAAUUUUCCAUACGAUCAAAAAAAGUGUCAAUUUUUGCGACUUUAUUUGAAUUGGAAUAAGGAUAUUUCACUGAAAGAUUUAUGUCAAGAUGAGAAAAACAAACAGGAAUUCUCUCUUCAAAUUCAACAUAAUUAUUGCAAAGCAUUUUGUGAAACACUUGUUGAAAACUGUCUCGACAUUGUGAAAGAAACGUCCUCGUAUUUAUUAUACAUUCUCAAUGAUGAUGGAGAAGUUAACUAUGAAUUGUUGGAUUAUUUGAAAGAGAAGAUACCAAAUUUUUAUUCUCCAUGUGAUUUACGAUUAUCAACAAAAUCUCAAUUGUGCAGUAAUGAUUUGGAACGAAUUCGCCAUUCUUCAACAGCCAAAUGUAUUCUAUUUUGUGAAAAUGAAAAUCAAAAGAAGGAGAUGGAACGAGAUUUUUCAGAAUAUAAAGGAGGAAAAUUCAGUAUGACCAUCGAGACAAUUGAUACAGCGUUUGCCAUUUCUCAAGAAGAACAUCAACACACAGAAAAUACAAGCAUGAUUGAAAAGGAAGAAAUUCUCUCCAAUAAUCUCAAGGAGAAAUAUGGUCAUUAUAGCACCUUCUUCUUCUAUGAACAACGUACACUAUUGUACAACCACAAUGAAUGUCGAUAUGAACUGACUUUGGGUUGUGUGAACAAAUUGAAAGUAUUGUUGUCAUGUAUGCAAGGAAAGAGAUUUUGUGUAAUAAUGUUACCUUUUUUUUCAAAGAGUGUAAACACCAAGCCAUUAGAAAGGGAAUUUACAAAGUUGAGAGAGUAUCAAGUUUAUUUGCUAGUGUCGCAUCACUUUGAUUUGCCUACACAUUUUCCUAUUUUUGAAGAAUUGGCAUGUUAA